UUGGAAUUAAAUUCUCCGACCUCGCUGGUCACACGUGGCUUUACUACUCUUACGAAGCCGGUUUUUGGCUUGAAUUCCUUUUUGUAAAUUUKAAGUUUUGUGUAUUUUGUGGUAAAGUAGUGUAGUUGAAAUCAAUUAAUUAAGGCCAAAUGGAUGCGAAAAAUUCCGCUCUUUGUCCACGAAGAUCAGCAGAAUUAAUUUCAACAAACAGCAAAGAUGUGUCCAUAUCCCAACAUGGCGUCGUCAACACCUCCAAAAUAAUCUUCGACUGCCUGAAAACGAAUAAAUACAGCUUCAAAGUAUGGAAAGAGCACGAAUUGCAUCCUAAAGAAAUGAAUAAGGAGACAGUUGAUUGGAUAUUUGUUCUGGACUGUUUAAAUUUUUCGUUUUGGGUGGACGAUGAAUACGAGCCAUGGAAGGUGAGCUUCGAGGGCAAGGAUUACGAAGGUUACUGGGCCCUUUGUGCUGGUAUAAAUAGAGCUUUAAAGGAAGGAAUUCCACUGACCAAGCCGUCUUUUUUUGCCACUAUCACAACAAGCCAGCUUCAACACAUCUUCAGAUCUGAGACUUCCACUAAGAUGCCACUGCUGAAAGAAAGAGCUGAAAUUCUUAACGAAGCAGGAAAAUUUCUUAUGGAAAAUUACCAAGGUUCAUUUGCCAACAUGAUAAGCAAGUGCAACCACAGUGCACAGAAACUAUUGAAAUUAAUAACCACAUCUUUCAGGGGUUUCCGCGAUGAGGGGACUUUCAAUAAUCACAAAGUUUCAUUUUACAAACGUGCGCAAAUUUUGAUUGCUGAUAUAUGGGCAUGUUUUGAGGGUAAGACGUGGGGAAGCUUUGACGAUAUUGAGAUUAUAACGAUGUUUGCUGAUUACAAAGUCCCACAGUCACUAUUACACCUUAAGGUAUUGGAAUAUUCAUCAGAUUUAAUGGAUAAGCUUAGAAUGGGCAAAACUAUCCCACCUGGUAAUCACCUAGAAAUGGAAAUUAGGGGGAAUUCUAUUUGGGCAGUUGAGCAUUUGUACCAGACAGUCAAGAAAAUGGCUUUAAAUGAUAAGGAAUUUGCUUGUAAGUCUCCCCGAGAACUUGCACAGUGCUUGAACUCUGUUAUCAUUGAUUUUUACUUGUGGGAUUUUGCUAAAGAGAAAGUUGAGAAAAUUACUGACCUACCAUGCCACAAAACUAGAACGAUAUUUUAUUGAUUGAAAUAGUGUAUGGAGCCAGGAGGUAUAGGGUCUAUAGCACCUUAUGAAAUAUUUGAGAUAUAACGUGUGCGCUGAUUGGCUGGCUACCAUGUUUAUAUCAAAGGACAGAGACACACUCGUGUGAAAUCAUUCAAAAAUAUUUCAUAAAAGCAAUAUAAAACGUYCGCUUGUGUCUACAUGUAUAUACUGUGAUAUAAACACKAUGGGAGCUGUAGAGCACUCRAGAAGUCAAAGAAACACUYGGCUACGCCUCCUGUUUCUCUACGAAUUCUCUCUUGUUCUACAGCUCCCAACGUGUUUAUGUCACAGUAUAUAGACACGCACACUGUUUUAUUUUUCUAAUACCUAGGUGGUUAGUYCUUUCAUUAUGUACAUUUUUUUAUUUGCAAUUUUUUUUUACAUGGUAUACAACACUAAUUUAACAUAACACAAGUUGGUGUUUACAAACAUUACCAUUGUAAUUUUAAUUUGCCAACCAUUAUCACAAUAGUUAUUGCCAAGUUGCUUGGUUUUAUCAGCAAAUGGAUCUCUGGUUGGCAAAGUAAUGACAAUGGCUUACGUGUGUAAUGAAGCCUUAUUUAUGACAGUGCAACRUAAAUAUUUAAAAGAUGUUAUUGUUAUUAUAACUGUAUCUUAAAAUAUAAUUGCACAAUUUAUUUUGGUUUUUAUGUUGACCAGAUGCAUGUACUGUAURAUACUAAAUGUUUGUUAUAUUUAUCUUGUUCUUGGUUGACUAAAUCAUGACUCCAUUAAUGUCACUGUUACCUUUUUUCUUUA